AUGAAGCUGUUUGCCAUCUUCCUUCUCGCCCUCCUUUCCAUUCAACUUAUUCAUGCCGAAGAUUCCGAAGGUAAUGGAGGAGAUUGGUGGGAUCGAUUUGUGGACACAGUCAGUUCAAGUGUUCACGAUGGAGCUGAUUACAUCAAGGAGAAGGCAGGGCCCUACAUUCGAGAGAAGUUCGAUACGGUUAAAGCCAAACUUCAGGACCCCGAAACUCAUGAACAAGUGCAAUUGUGGGUCAGAGAAGUGAGUUUAAAUCUUGUGAAUUAUGUAUUAUAUUCUACUUCGUAAUAUUCUAUAAUUCGGAUAUUUUCAGAAGGCUGUUCCUGUGAUUCAAGAGAAAUGGGAGCAAGUUAAGACUUUUGUCAACGAAGAAGUCGCUCCAGAAGCCAAGAAAGUGUAUGAAGCCGCGGUUUCAGCCAACGAAAAACUCGAAAAGGAGAAGGCCGAAGCAAAUUAA